AUGUUGUCAUGGAAUUGUCAGGGUGCUGCCUCGGCUUCGUUCAGGCGCAUCCUUAAACAUUUAUUGCAUUUACAUAAGCCGUCAUUGAUCUGCCUCUUCGAACCUAAGGUCUCAGGGGUGCAGGCCAAUGACAUUUGCUCUUCGUUUGCCUUUGAUGAAUGGAUUAGGGUUGAAUCGGUUGGGUACUCGGGAGGAAUUUGGCUGUUUUGGAAUAAUACUCUUUCAGUUGAGAUUCUUUAUACUCAUCCUCAAUUUAUUUCCUUUCAGGUGACUGAGAAUGGUUCUUCACCUUGGCUGAUGUCGGCUGUGUAUGGCAGCCCCAAUCCGGCUUUGAGAAAACGGCUUUUCAUGGACCUAUCAGGGCAGUAUUUCGAACCCCAUGGGCCUUGGCUAAUAGUGGGUGAUUUCAAUUCCAUCACUGACCGAAGUGAAGUCAGUAGCUCAAAGACUUUUACAUCAUCCAGGUGUUCGGCUUUUAACAAUUGGAUUUUUAGGGAAGCCUAG